AAAGUGUUUAAUUAGUUAUUUGUAGUUUAUUUUUAAAAUGAAUGUUGACUUAUUGUGAGUUAGUGGAAGAGAGAAUUCAAAAAAAGAUUGUGAAGAAAAAUUAAACCAUGGAUGCGGCUGCAGCAGUAUCGUAUUACAAAGGGGUGGAGCAAAUUUUCAAUUUGGUCUCCGUUCUCAAUCUAACAGCAUAUCAAUGGCCAGACCAAGCGUGUGUCCACAAUGGUUCUGAGUUUGAUUUCAUAGUGAUUGGCGGUGGAUCAGCAGGAUGUAUAGUUGCUAGCAGACUUGUAAAAACAGGGAAGGCCAGUGUGUUGCUUAUAGAAGCUGGACCAUACCCACCUUUGGAGUCAGAUUUAGCGGGAUUAUAUCCAUUUCUGAAAGAUAGCAGAUACGACUGGAACUUCACAUCAACUGAAAAUGAAUUGAUUGGAGAAUAUCACACAAAAGAUGUCGUACACAUGUCCUCAGGUAAAAUGCUGGGAGGAUCUAGUUCGUUAGGCUUUGGAUGCUAUAGGCGAGGAUAUCCUCACGACUACAAUGAAUGGGCAGCCAUCACUAAUGACACAUCUUGGUCCUAUAAAUCGAUAGCGCCAUUGUUAAAACAGAAUGAAAAGCUAGUUGAUUCUAAGCUCCUCAAAUCAAAUCGUUAUUACGGAACAAAAGGCAAUAUAAAGAUAGGUAAAGUAUAUUACGAAAGAAAUCAUCCAUAUUUCGAUGCCUUAGAAGAACUUGGCUAUGAUUACCAUUUAGAUGUGAAUCCAGAUCAUCCUCUUGGUUUCACGAAUCUUAUGUUCACUAUAGGUGAUGACGUGCGCCAAACACCAGCUCAUAAAUUCUUAAAACCACUUAAAAACAAUAAAAAGUUACACCUCCUUGUUAAUACUUUAGCUACCAAAAUAAUAUUUGAUAAGAAGAAAACGGCUGUUGGAGUUGAAAUAUUGACUGAACAUAAUGAAAAGAUUACUGUCAGAGCAAGAAAAGAAGUCAUAGUGACUUGUGGAAGUAUAAAGACUCCACAGUUACUCAUGCUUUCAGGAAUCGGACCAAAAGAAGAAUUGGAAGAUAAAGGCAUAGAUGUAAUAGCGAAUUUACCAGUAGGAAAGAAUUUCCAAGACCACGUCAACAGUCUUUUGUUCUAUAAAAUGACAAAAAGUUCUUUAGCAAUGAAUCUCGCUGAUCCGCACAGAUAUCCUUACAUAAUUUUUGAUGGCUAUGUUGCUCUUAAUAAGUCACAGUGCUACCCAGACUAUGAAACUAUUUGCAUUCAUUUUGGAGAAUCACUUACAUUUUUAGGUUUAUGUGCGUUCGUUUUUAGCUACGAUUAUAAGGUAUGCGAUGCGAUAAACAAAGCUGCUGAUAAUAAGGAGAUAUUUAUGACAUUCAUUACUUAUUUGAAUCCUGAAUCGAGAGGAGAGAUACUUUUAAAAAGUACCGAUCCUCGAGAUAAUCCCUUAAUAAUACCACGAUAUUAUUCGAAUGAAACCGAUAUAGAUAAACAUGCAUCUUAUCUUGCAGAUUUUAAUCGUAUAGUAAACACGACUUAUUUUAAAAAGGUCGAAGGUUUAUUUAUAGAUCCUCAGUUGAAGUCAUGUGAAGGUUUGAAGAAAAAUAGUAUGGAAUAUUGGAAAUGUUAUACCAUCGCAAUGGCAGAUACGGCUCAUUACUUUGUGGGUACUUGUUCAAUGGGAGCAGUGGUAAAUUCAAGAUUGCAAGUGUAUGGUGUGAAGAAGCUACGAAUCUGUGAUGCAAGUGUUAUGCCGACUAACGUAAGAGCACUGACUGAAGCAUCAGUUAUGGCGAUAGCUCGUAAAGCCUCAAAUAUGAUCAUUAAAGAUCACGGUUUACGAUGAUCCGUAUGGAUUGAAUACCUUCACGUUUUUCUCUAAUGUCUAUUGAACAAUACUGCUGUGUAUAAUUAAUUGAAUGAAUAAAUUGUGUCUUUUUUGGACUUUCUUUUAAAUAUAUUUUUA